AUGAUCAGCCUCUGCAUGCGUCGAGCAUGCUUGCUGUCCGUGCCCUUCCUGAGCGGUUUAGCUGCCGCAAAGCUUGAACGAAGAAGGUCAUGGCUGAGUGCAUGUCAGGAAGUGCAAGACGAAGAAGUGCUGCUGGAUCUCCUCCAGCGCAAGCUGGACCUCUCCAAAAAAACACCGCACAUCCUCAUGAUCAUCGCGGAUGACCUGGGCUGGGCCGACCUAGGCUCACGAAGGACGAUGGAGACAGCCGAGGAGGCACAGGGAUGGGCAGAGACCCCCACGCCGAAUUUGGAUGCGCUGCGCAGUGAAGGCAUUUCCCUAGAGCGGCACUACACCGCCUCGAGCUCUCCCCCUUCCAGGUGUUCCCUGUGGAGCGGACGUUUGCCCAGCCAUGUCACACAUGGCAACUUACACGUCAACCGGCAAAUGCUGUGGAACAAGAAAGACAACAACUCUGGUUUCGAUGGCAUUCCUCGUGCAAUGACAGGGUUGGGCACUAAACUGAAGGAAGCAGGCUACGAAACGCAUUACAUCGGCAAGUGGGAUGCUGGCUGGGCUACCCCAGAACACACUCCUCUUGGACGUGGGUUCGACUCCUUCCUGGGCUUCUUUCAAGCUGAAAAUGAUUACUGGUCCAAAGACAGAGGACCUCUGAGGUACCUAUUGGACAUCUGCCUCAACAAGUUCGGCGACUUUUCAUAUUACAACAGCACUUACCGCGGAAGAGUUAGUGCUGCGAUCUCUGCCGAGCUCGGCUGCAAGGCUGCAGUGGAGAUCGAGGAGUCAAAACCCUUCGCUCCUCUUGGCUGUGACAUGGACAAUCUCAGCAACUGCCUUCCAGAUAGUUGCUAUGAAGAGGCCAUGUUUCUUCAGCACGCUAAGAAGCUUAUACAGAAUCACAAGAAAAACUCCAAGCCGCUCUUCCUGACAUUUGCGGAUCAUUUGCCUCAUAACCCUAUGAGCGUGCCGCGGUCCUUCUUGAAGAAGCUCGAUGAGCUUGUUGCUGCGACGGGUGUGCCUCGAGUCGUGUCAUGGACGACGAAGCGCAAGAUCCAUGCGGCAGGCCUGCUCUACCUGGAUACUGUUGUCGGGGAGCUCGUCCAUGCCUUAAAGGAGCAAGGCAUGUAUGAAGAGACCCUGGUGGUCUUUCUCUCUGACAACGGCGCUCCUGCCAACCUGCGCCAGAGCAGCCAUAACUAUCCGCACAAGGGUGGGAAGUACGCUGACUGGGAGGGUGGCCUGCGAACAAACGCCUUUGUGUUCGGCGGGGCUGUCCCUCCCCGAAGUCGAGGAAGUCAGUUCCAUGGCGUGUUCCACCUCGCAGACUGGUACGCAACGCUUUGCGAAGUAGCAGGUGUGGAUUUCGAGGACCUGGCUUCCGCCGAGGCCAACAAGCACUUGCGUGAGAAAGGCCAAGCUUUGAUGCAUCCUGUUGACGGCCGACCACAGUGGAAGCACCUGCUCAACGGUUCUAACGCGCGACCUGAUCCACUACUCCUGAGCGACAAGACGGUAUUGAGGUGGCCUUACAAGCUCGUGACGGGCUCCCACAGAGGCAGCUUCUGGCCUGGGCCAGUAUGGCCCAACUGCAGUUCCACUGACCCUGUGGAACCUAACCUGGAUGCAUUCGGGCACGACGAGCCUCUCUACAACAAGUCGGAGAUGAACAGGAGAACUUUUGUAGAGGACUGUGGCAGCGGAUGCCUCUAUGACGUGGAAAUUGACCCCCGCGAGCUCGCCAAUCUCGCACGAGACCCCAAGUAUUCAGACAUCCUGGCUAGCCUGCAGCAGACGCUGACGUCACUGACGACUCAUAGCAAGGCGGAGCUGGGGGAGGAGCCAGCGAUAGAAGCCUGCCUGAAAGCCGCGGAGAUCGGGGUGCUGGGGCCAUUUGUGGAUGCAGAGGACUUUUAUAUCGAUGCGCCGGAACGGCCGUUGUCGCAAGUCCAGCAAGACAAGGAGGAGAUCUUGGCCGUGCAUGCAGCUCUGAAAAAGAACUCGAGCUUGUAUGACAUAGUCGCUUACCAGGUCAUGCUUCCCAACAUGAAGCCAGAUGUGGUCUGCCUCCCGGACGAGUAUGACUCUGAGCUCGUGACGCAGAGUACGCCCCAGAAGUCUUAUGAAAGCUCCAGCAUGCUCCCUUCGACGCUGUUGGACCUGGAGAUGUUGGCCAUGCUGAUGGCUUUGCUGUGGGGACGGCUUGUCUUGGCAGUCCCAGCCGAAGCUGUACACUGCAACGGUGGCGGUGGUGUAGCGGAUGUUGUUGCCAGUGUGGAGUCACUUGACUGCCAAUCUGACGCGAGAGAUGGCCUGACAACCAUGACGGCUGUAGACUUCUUGCAGGUGCACGUCGAUUUAUCUGGUGCAAACCUGCCCCACAUGCUGCAGUCACCACAAAGUCUGCGCUUGAUAGGUGGAAGCAUGGUCCUGGCCUGCUUCCUUCUUGUUCUCAACUUUGCCGGCACAGACACCCUGGUGAGUGUGUCAAUUUUCUUGGACUUGUUUAUGACGACCAUCCUUACACCAUUGGCCCCGACACUUACGUCAAGCUACCAACUCAUUGCACUGCUCACAAGUUCCAAGAACAUUGUCACUUGCCUUAUCGCGCCCUUCGCUGGUCGCUUCAUCGACGGAAAUGAGGCGAAGCUUGGCCUUACUCUUGCAGGAUGUUGCAGGAAGUCCAUGCAAUAUGGGAUGCUUUGCGCCAUGCUCUGCUCUUUGAGCCUAGCUGUGGCAACUGGAUCCAAUCAGGGCUGGGACGACUCUGCCGCUGUCGUUUGGGGAGGCUUCGCGCUUUGCAACCAAGCACACGCAGAUGAGGCGGCUGCCCGCACGAAGGCGAUGUCAAUGGCAACCGCUGGCCUCUAUGUCGGGGUGAUCUUGGGCCCACAGGCCGGAGGCUUGUUCGUUGAUGAUCCGCGGGGUCUCUUUAUCCUGCUGUCGGCGGCGCAGUUGUGUACCUUCAUCACACUGCGUUUUAGAUUGCCAGACCUUUCGAAGCGGCAAACGCAGAUGCAGAAACAGUCGGAAGUUGGCAUGGUUCGCUUGGCCAUGGACCCAGAUGUACGCCGUCCAAUCAUUGCCUUAUUCCUGGCUUUGGCCUUCGUUGCUGCCCUGGGGUCCACGGCUUUUGAGUACAUGGUCCGCUUGGGAUAUGACCAGAUGAAGCAGAACCUGACAUGGCUGCUAAGUUCAGUUCCGGCGAUCCUGUUUGUCUACCUUGUUCCAGGACUUCGUUCCCUUUUGGAAGGCCCAACACUGCAGAUUCUGGCGAUGUUCUUAGGUGGGGCCAGUUCUUUCCUCUUUGUUGACUCCAAGUACAUCUUGCUUGCCUCUACACUGCUUGGGGCGAGUAUUGCGGCCGGAAUCGUGGAUGCAAACACGCCGGCUAUUCUGGCUGACCGGAGUCAGGAGAGGUAUGGUGGGACAGGUCAGGUGUUUGUUCUAUCCAAUGUUGCAGACCAGGCUGCUUUUGUCUUAGGUCCUGCAGGAGGCAGCAUGAUUUGCCAGCGCGUGAGCUUCCCGCUUAUGUGCCAGGGUUUUGGUGGAUGUAUGAUGCUUUACGCUCUCUACUUGUCUUCGUUCUCAUUGUGGAGCACAUUGUGGCCGGAGAAGUCUGGAGAGGAGGCGUGUGGAAACAACCCCGAUAAUAGUGUCUCCAGCACCUAG